AUGGCUGCUCGGAGAUCUCAACAAGGAGAUGGAUCAUCACAAGAUCCGUCGGAUGAACAACCAUCACAGGAACAACCCGUGAGGAAGAGAUCCAAAAAGGUUGCGCUGAGUUCUCGUGAAGGAGAAGGAUCAAGACAGCCUCCUGCUAGACAACAACCAGAAGUUGAGGAGGAAGAUGAGGAAGAAGAUGAGGAGGGACCAUGCGACUCAUACUUCAGAUUCCGCGGCUCCACCUAUUCUCUAUUCAAAGUGAUAAGCUACUGGAAACAAGAUGCUGCAUACUAUGCAGCAUGCAAGAAAGAAGUCGAGAAGGCAGGAUUCGGAGGCCUAUUGGACCUUCGAAUGCCGAAAAUUCCCAAUGUCUUCAUGGACGACUUGAUGGCUGCUUAUGACAUCUCAACCAGUACUUUUGUUUUCGGGGAAGGAGAAUCGAAAAAGGUGUUCGAGUUCACACAUGAGGAUGUGGCACGUGUGUACGGCCUUCCUCUCGGUGGGGUUGUGAUUGAUCUGAAGCACACUGAGGGGGGGGGGGGAUGCUGGAUAGUUUUAGCGAGGAUAUCGGCAUGA